GCCCCGCCUCUAGGGGUUUGCCCUGGAGUUGAGCCCGUCCUUAAGGAGGCCUCCACUCCCCAUUCCUCUCCCCGUUGUGGGAGACGGCUCGGGCCUGGCUGUGCUCCAGGAUAAACUUCCACAAGGCAAGAGAUAACACAUAGCCAAGGCGAAGACGAAGGCAGCGCUUAUAAAGGCCUCCUUGUACCCUAGUUUGGCUACAGCUCUUCCACUCCACAGCUGUCUGUGCUGCCUGCUGAGACUGGCCACAAUGUGGGAGCUCUUGGCUUUCCUGCUGUUGGCCAUAGCCUAUUUCUUUCGGCCCAAGGUUAAGUGCCCUGGUGCCAAGUACCCCAAGAGCCUCCCAUACCUGCCCUUGGUGGGCAGCCUGCCGUUCCUUCCCAGACAUGGCCAUCCGCAUGUGAACUUCUUCAAGCUGCAGAAAAAAUACGGCCCCAUCUAUUCCUUUCGCAUGGGUACCAAGACUACGGUGAUUGUCGGCCACUACCAACUGGCCAAGGAGGUGCUUAUCAAGAAGGGCAAGGAAUUCUCCGGGCGGCCCCAAGUGGCAACUCUAAACAUCCUGUCAGACAAUCAAAAGGGUGUCGCCUUCGCCGACCAUGGUGCCCCCUGGCAGCUGCAUCGGAAGCUGGUGCGGGCUGCUUUUGCCCUGUUCAAGGACGGCAACCAGAAGCUGGAGAAGAUUAGUGAGUUAUGUCAUGAAACCAGUUUAUUGUGUGACUUACUGGCCACUCAGAAUGGACAGACCAUAGACUUGUCCUCGCCUCUCUUCCUGGCGGUGACCAACGUAAUCUGCUGGAUCUGCUUCAACUCCUCCUACAUGAAAGGGGAUCCUGCGCUGGAGACCAUGCAGAAUUACCACAAAGACAUCCUGGAAACUCUGGAAAAAGACAAUGUGGUAGACAUAUUCCCCGCAUUGAAGAUUUUCCCCAACAAAUCCCUGGAAAAGAUGAGGCAUUGUGUUAACAUACGAAAUGAACUGCUGAGUAAAAUCUUUGAAAAACAUAAGGAGAACUUCAACAGUGACUCCAUCACUAGCAUGCUGGACUUACUGAUCCAAGCCAAGAAGAACUCAGACAAUAACAACACUGGCCCAGACCAGGAUUCAAAGCUGCUUUCGGAUAAACACAUUCUUGCCACCAUAGGGGACAUCUUCGGGGCCGGUGUGGAGACCACCACCUCUGUGGUGAAGUGGAUUGUGGCCUUCCUCCUGCACGACCCUCAGCUGAAGAAGAAGAUCCAGGAGGAGAUUGACCAGAAUGUGGGUUUCAGCCGCACACCAACACUCAGUGACCGGAACCGCCUCCUUCUGCUGGAGGCCACCAUCCGAGAGGUGCUUCGUAUCCGGCCUGUGGCCCCUAUGCUCAUCCCCCAUAAGGCUCUUGUUGACUCCAGCAUCGGCGAGUUUGCUGUUGACAAGGGCACAAACGUCAUCAUCAAUUUGUGGGCACUCCAUCACAAUGAGAAGGAGUGGCACCAGCCUGACCGGUUCAUGCCUGAGCGCUUCUUGGACCCAACGGGGAGCCAGCUCAUCUCACCGUCGUUAAGCUACUUGCCCUUUGGAGCAGGUCCCCGCUCCUGCAUAGGUGAGCUCCUGGCCCGCCAGGAGCUCUUCCUCUUCACGGCCUGGUUGCUGCAGAGGUUUAACCUGGAGGUCCCGGAUGAUGGCCAGCUGCCCUCCCUGGAGGGCCACCCCACAGCGGUCUUUCUGAUCGACUCUUUCAAAGUGAAGAUUAAUGUGCGCCAGGCCUGGAGGGAGGCCCAGGCUGAGGGCAGCACCUAGAGGCUGUACCUAGCACCCCUGACUCCACCCUGUGUGACCCACAGCACAGAGUCAGAGGUACCACUCCAUCCUCCCCCACCCUUUCUCCCUUCUCUCGGGGGCCCACUCUGCCUUCUUUUCCAGCCUGCAGCCCUGGCAGUGAUGUGUAUAAACCAAAUGGUUUUUCUUCAGAAGGCCCCUGAGCAGCUCAUUCAUUUAUUCAUUUGGUCUCUCUUUCAACAAUUAUUUUAUUGAGCAUCUACUAUGUGCUGCUCAUUGUCCCUGGACACUUGAGCUCCCUGUUCUCAUGAAGCUUACAUUCUAGUGAGGGCUGACAAAUAAAGAAGGAUUUCAGAGA